ACAGACUGCAGACGUGUACUUCCGUGUGUGACUUUUGAUCGGAGUUCAAGUCUCGACUUUGCUGAGAUUUUGAACACAUUUAAGUGGAUUUCGUUGGUCCUGGUUAUAUCUUAUGUUGUGGAACUUGAACACGUGCAAUUCUAGGAAAGCUCAGUGUGGACCCAGGGUCUAGACUGUCGCGAGCGUCUUGUCUGCCAAAUCGUCCGGCCCCCCUCCCACAACAGACGACGUUUUGAUCCAGGGGUCAAGUCAUCAUACGCAACGAUGCAGUGUGGACUCGUGUUUGCGACUGUCGCUAUUUGUACAUUAUUCACCUUACCAGCAUGCCAGGGGCAGGGACAACCUGUCGACCCUGUACAGAUGCAGCAGCAGCAGCUACAGCCGGACGUGCCCCAUCCACCAGGGGCUCAGGCAGCGGCGCACGCACAGCCGGGCCAUGCGGGCCAGCCGGCUGCACAGGCCGCCCACGGACAGGCCGCGGCGCCGGCCCAGCCCGGGGCUCACCCCGCCUUCCACCAGGGCAGCCUAGCUGAUACGGCCACCGAGCAUGAGCCGCGAGAGGCACCGAACCCACUGCGUAACAGGGACCAUGUACAAGACAUAGAACACAUGAAGGAGCACCUGGACCCACUGGUGGGCAAGUCUAUGGCAGAAAUGUCCGAGGAGGAGCUCCAGUUCCACUACUUCACACAGCACGACUACGACAAGAACAACAGACUGGACGGGAUCGAGCUGGUGGCCGCCAUGACGCACUUCCACGACGAGGAUCACUCCAAGAGCCACGACAACAUACAACUCACCGAGGAAGAAAUAACAGCUACCAUUGACCAGAUCUUACGAGAUGAUGACAAAAACAGGGAUGGGUUCAUUGAUUAUGCAGAAUUUAAGGCAUCUCAAUCAAACGUAUCAUAAUUUUUGUAAAUGUCUCUGAAGCAAUACUUGCAACACUGAGAUACAAUGGAUUGUUUCUGUAAGCCAUAGUCAUAUGUGUACAAGACAGCAAGAUAACUGGAGAAAAAGUGAGCUUGAUGUAAGACAUCAGGUGCAAAAUAACAUCUUUUAUGUUGUUUUAAGGGCUGUCACAUUUGAAAUGUUCAAGCAAACAGUUAGGAUAUUUUUUCAUGCUGAACCUUUAUUUUGUUUCACGUAACUAACCUAGGUUUCUAGGUAAGAUCCCCCCACACACACACACACAAGGGUCAGAUAUAUUUUGCCAAAGGUCAGAUACUGACUGAACAAUACCAGUGCAAAUGGCACCCUUUACUUAUCAGCCUAGCUCUCCUGACAUUUGCAUUAGGACAAACUCUCUGUUAGAAUUUAAAGAUAUUUCAGUCUGCUUCCUACACUGCACAUUGAGUGGGUUACCCAAAGUGUACACGCGAGAAGAACUGAAGUCAUCACACGUGCACCUGGUUUUGACCGUCACUGAUAUAUUUUAUAUUGUACUGGUGCCUGUAUGACAAACAAAUAUAUAUGGAAAAAGCACAUAGUCAUAACUAGAAGGUCUACAGGCAGGAAAUGUUCCAGAAUCAACAUCAUUUUAUAGAUGCUAUACAGCAAUAAGUAACUUAUGAUAAUCCUUGUCAUUUUUCCAUUGAAUAAUAAUAGAUCUGUAAUGUGGGUUUCUAAGCUAUAGUGCACAAUGACUACAAUUUGAUAAUGUGACUACCUAUUGCAAUAUCUUCAUCAACAUUGUAGAAUCAAGAGUAUGAUUCAGAUACUUAGUGUAGUAAUUUGUUUUCGAUUACUGUUGGAAAAUCAAAUAAGCUCUUAGGACCAAAUAGUUAUUUGUUAACAUAUUCUGAAUGUGCCAACAAUCUAGUUGCUUCCAUGUUGCAGAUAUAAUUUUUAUAAUGUGCAUGUAAAACAAUUGCUUUACCACUGUAAAUAACAAUAUUGUAACAAAAUCAAGAAAACCUUGCAUUGGCUGAUAACCUUGCAUUCUAUGAUAGCAAUGUUUCGAGCUGUAUCAAAUAUUCCCUAUCUAGUGGUCAGAUUAACAUCUUACGAUCAAUUGCUGUCUGAAAUGUCUGACCAUUGACAGAAUCUCUCAAGUUUCUUGAACAACUUUUGUAUUCUAUUACCUGGAUGUGAAGUCCAAUUCACUAUCUAUGGAUGAUUUCCUUUGUUAUUAUUGUUGGAUACUUUUUUUGUACUUACCAAAAGUGUCAACAAAUCAAAACUUCAAUUUUAGAUAAACACAUGUAUAUCCUUACAGU